AUGUCGCAACCUGGCAUUUUCACCAAAACAAAUCUGGUUUACUUACCGCUGUCAGCAACGACCGCUCACACAUUAUACUUCAUAAUUAAUUCACCAUUAUCUACUUGGCAAGAAUUUCCUCCAAAGUUACCUACCUCUGUAUAUAUUUCUAUAUUUUUAACUCCAUUUUUACUGUUUUUAUCACUUUCAUUUGAACCAAUUCAAACAAGGAUGCGAUUUUAUACGUUAUUAACACUCGCUCUUAUAUAUAUUUCAAUUCCAAUAAGUUUUCGCGGAAAAUACCCACCUUUUCCUCAUAACAUUUUUGUAUUUUAUGGAUCAAUAUUCGGACUAAAAAUGUUAAUGUUCGUACAAUCUAAUCGAGCAUACUUGAAUCAAAAAGAUUCAAAACAAAAGAAAGAAUUUAAAUCAUUCCUCUGGACAUUAUUUAAUUUACGCUUAAACUCUUACAUAAUUCCUCCAAAUAACGAAAAUUCUAAUGAAAAAGAAAAUUCCUUGAUUAUUACAUCACCCACGACUUCACUAAUCAACCAAAAAAUAAUUAAUCGCAUCAUAAUUACCUUUGCAAAAUUACUUAUUCUUGAACUUGUAAUGUUCAAUGCAAUUACAAAUACAAUGAUGAUUCCAGAGAAAUCAUACCAACUUCGUUUAAUUGAAUUUUUUACGAAAGGAAUCCCUGCCGUUACAAUUCCUUUAAUGUUACAAUAUUUAAAUUUCCUUAUAUAUAUAUACCUAGCGUUGUCAGUAUAUGCUUACGAUUUAUACAUUAUUAUUAGUGCAGUCUUCUACCGUUUUUUCCUUCAUUCCUCAUCGAAAGAAAUUAAUGAUAGACCUAUUUUAAUCAAAUCUGGCCUUCUCAUUUCUUCCGAAUAUUUCUCCCUAAAGGAAUGGAUGAUCACAACCAUUUUCAAUACAAAACAUAUGUUUGAUGUACCAUGGAUUGCAUCAAGCCCUCGUGACUUUUGGUCUGUUCGUUGGCAUUUAUUGGCUAAUGAAAUUUUCAAAGAACUAGGUUUUUUACCUGUUAAGAAUGUAUUCACUCCAAUUGUCUCUAAGAAAAUCGCAAAUAUGAUGGGCGUGUUAGGUGCAUUCGUUGUUAGUUCUUUAUUGCAUGAAUACCUUAUAAUUGGACAAUUUGAUCUUCAGAAAGGUGAACACGCCUUUUUCUUUAUGAUCCACGGUGUAAUAUUCAUCUUGUGGGAGGUUGUUUUUGGUCGUGAAAAUAAAAAUGAGAAAAAUAAAAUUAAAAGGUUCUUAAAGUGGCUCUUAUUGCUGAUUAUUAAUUUGUCAGUUUUACCAGCAUUAAUUGAACCUUUAAGACGACGACCUGAUCUACUUCCAUUGCCGUCAUUUUGGUUCAAUUUUUUUAAUUAA